GUGAUCCGAAUAGGCUUUCAUAGGGAACAAGGUCCUGCAUGAUAUACGCACAGUAUUUAAAACCUAUUUUUAGCGUACAUGGACCUUCCAGGUAGUGCAUGUGUAUUUGGGCCCAUGAAAUUGGUCAACAAACCGAGAAAAUAAACAGAUCAACACUUUAUCCAUAGUACAUAAAGCUACAAUGUCGAAUCGUCCAGUUAUACAAGAAAGGGAGAGCGUGCCUUCCAACCGCAACAAACCAGUUGUUCACAAGGAAAGCAACAGACCCGUCAUAAAACAACAGCAUGAUGGGUCCAAAGAAGGAAACUUGAUCAUGGUGGCAGCUAUUGACUUUGGGACAACGUUUUCAGGAUACGCCUUCUCUAUGAGAGAUACGCCCAAGGAAAUUCACUGCCCAUACUGGAACACCUCUUCAACAGAACUCAUAUCUCACAAGACCCCUACCACUGUUCUGCUAGACGCAAAGAAAAACUUCAUUGCAUUUGGGUAUGAUGCUGAAGCGCAAUAUUUGGCACUAGCUGAAGAGGGAACGGAUGCCAACAAUUACUAUUAUUUCCGAAGGUUUAAAAUGAUGCUCUACGACAAACUCAGGACAGAACGACUUACAACUGAAACGAAAGUUGAAGAUAUCAAGGGGAGAUUGUUACCGGCUGUUGAUGUUUUUGCUCACGCCAUUAGAUAUCUAAAAAAAUGUUUGACUGAGGAAAUUGAGAGUAGAGACACAUCGGUAUAUGUUCAGGAGGAAAACAUAACUUGGGUACUGACAGUACCUGCCAUCUGGGAUGAUCCAGCCAAACAGUUCAUGCGGAAAGCUGCGGAAAAGGCAGGAAUACACAGCAACAAGUUGAUGAUUGCACUAGAACCGGAGGCAGCUUCUCUGUAUUGUAAAGAGCUGCCAGUGGAAAAGCUCAGCGGAUCUGAGAGUGGAAUUGGAAUUUUUUCUCCAGGGAAAAAGUACCUUGUAUUAGAUGCAGGCGGAGGAACCAUUGAUAUGACUGUUCAUGAAGUAAAAUCGGGAGGGAAAUUACACGAGUUGAGCAAAGCUAGUGGUGGAAAUUGGGGUGGAGUGAAAGUGGAUAUGACGUUCAAAGAGAUGUUGAUGGAGAUUGUUGGAGAUGAGUUCAUGGAAAAGUACUGUCUCUCGAACACUGCUGAAUAUAUUGAUAUGUUCAGAGAUUUCGAAAUAAAGAAACGUCAAAAAGUGGAGGAAAAGUCGCAACUUAAGAAAGUCACAAUGAAAAUGCCUGCUACCUUUGUGGAAAAAUAUGAAGAGAUAAACAAAGACAUUGAAGAGCGAACGAAAGAAACGACAUAUAAAGGAGUCUUGAAAUGGGGACUAGACAAAGUACGAAUAAAUAAAGAAACUUUUGAUGGUUUCUUCAAUCCAUCGUGCACGGGUAUAAUCGAACAUGUUGGAAAGCUCCUAUCAGAUCCUAAAGUUAAAGGAACAAAUAUUAUUUUGAUGGUAGGUGGUUUUUCGGAGUCGGCUGUUGUUCAGCAAGCUGUUCGAGAAGCCUUCCCAAACUGUCGCGUAGUCAUUCCACGCGAUGCAGGACUUGCAGUACUGAAAGGCGCGGUUUUGUUCGGCCACGACCCAAGUGCUGUAGCAUCUAGGGUGGCAAAGUUCACUUAUGGAAUAGGAUGUACAGAACUGUUUGACCCGAAAAAACACGACUCAAAAAGGAAAAAGAAAAUAAAUGGUAAAGAUAGAUGUGAGAGUAUUUUCAGUAAACAUGUCGAGACUGGUGCCGUUUUGCACCUCAAUGAAGAACAAGGGGAACACAAAUACCACCCAAUUUAUGCCAACCAAAAGAAGAUAUCUUUUCCUUUGUAUACGACGGAGGCUCCUAAUCCAAAAUACAUCGACGAACCAGGCUGUUCCUACAUUGGAACAUUGACCAUGGACAUACCAAACACUGCAGGGGGGUUGGGAAGAGAAUUUGCAGCAAAGUUAAAGUUCGGAGGAACUGAAAUAACUGUAACAGCUAAAAACACGAACACCGGCGAGGUAGCUAGUGCUCAGUUCAAUUUCCUUGAUAAUGAGCCAUAGUUCUCCCUAGACAAUUGCAUACUGGCAAUGUUGUUGAUGAAUACCGUUAAAUCUUGCAUGACUCUUUCUGAAUAAAAUGUGUUCUCUGAA